AUGGCUAAUCUUUCACCACUUCCUUUGCCGCAUGGCAUUGUCCAACGUUAUAUCGACCUGACUGGCAUCGCCACAUGUGGUCUUAAGAUCUUCAUUCUUGAAGCUGGUGACCCCAAAGAUCCUUUGAUCCUCCUCUUCCACGGCUAUCCAGAGCUGGCAUAUACAUGGCGCAAAGCCAUCCUCCCUCUCUCAGCCAAAGGUUACCACGUCGUCGCCCCAGACUCACGUGGGUACGGACGCACUACAGGAUGGGACACAAGCAGCUAUGCGCAUACAAACCUCUCGCAGUUCACCCCAGUCCAAUUGAUUCUGGACAACAUUGCUUUGAUGAGAGGUCUUGGCCAUGAUACGGCGGCUUGUGUAGUUGGCCACGAUUUUGGUGCUACAGCAGCGAGUGUUUGUGCACUCUCCCGGCCUGACCUGUUCAAAGCCGCGGUCUUCAUGGGCCAUGUGCCUCCAGGACCGAUAACACUCCCCCCAAUGGAAUCGUCCACAUCAGGAGAGGGUGAAAGAUCACUGCCCAGGGAUCCAGACGUCCACACAAGUCUCGCUCAGAGAAAUCCACCACUCAAGCAUUACCAGUGGUACAAUAGCACAUCGUCAGCCGCGUAUGAUUGGGAAAACCCCCAACAAGGACUUCCAGCGUUCCUUCGUGGUUAUGUGCACCUCAAAAGCCACGUAUGGAAGGGCCAUGGCGAUAUAGGCCGACUCACGGGCUGGACAGCUGAUCAACUUACCCGUAUGCCGGAGUAUUACAUUAUGCCACUCGGCUCCACAAUGCCAGAUAUAGUCGAGCAGAAUAUGCGUGCAGAGGAUGUUAGCCUCACAAGGAAAUUUAUGAGUGACGAAGAGCUGGAUGUUUACGUCUCAGAAUUCAAACGGACGGGCUUCCAAGGCAUGUUGAACUGGUAUCGGAGCUCGACGGAUCCACGGAACGCGGGAUCUGCCAUGGCCGUAUUCGCGGGUCAGAAGUUCGAGGUGCCCACAACGUACAUAAGCGGUACUGCGGAUUGGGGAAACUAUCAGAGGCCUGGUGCGCUUGAGGGCUUCGAGACGGGGAAGACGGCAAGCGAUUACAGGGGCACGAGAAUAUUUGAGGGGGCUGGCCAUUGGCCACAGACCGAGAUCCCAGAAAUUGUUUGCGAAGAGGUUGUGAAAUUUCUUGGGGGUCACUAA